UUGAUUCCCCACCCGAGCGGCCAAACCUCACUCGUCCAUUCCCACUCGAGCGACGGUGGCGGUAUCUAGACCAUGUGCAGCAGUGAGGAGCUUGAGCCGCGCCAAGCAUGCCAGCAUGGCGGCGCGGCGGUGCGCGCCACGACAGGAUGUCGUCACUUUCUCCUAGAACUAGUAUGGCUCCAGGAACAUCAAGAUUGGCGGCCAGCCGUGACAUACCAGAAGAAGUCAUAUGCUACACCAUCUUCUCACGUCUGCCUUUCAAGUUGGUCACAUGCUUGAAGACUCUAUCCAAGCAUUGUUACAGGCAGCUCACCAGCGACACCACGUUUGCUGCUGAACAGGCGAGGCUCUGCCCGUCAUGCCCUGCGCUCAUCCACAUCGGCCUCCCCGCCAAGCCUAAGGGUCCUUGCAGGUACUCCCUUGACGUUCUCUCGUUGACACCUGCAAUCGUCGGUGUUCCCUCGCCAGGACUCGACUUCCUGGGUUGCGCCAUAGAUGACGGGAACCUCGACCUCCUCUCCUCUUCGAAUGGCCUUCUUUGCAUCCGUUACACUCCAUACCGUAUAAGCCAUCCUACUCCACCACAUGCCAUCCUCAUCGCUAAUCCAGCAACGCAGCAAGCCCAGCCGAUCCCUGGUGCUGCUCAGCAUCUAGACAAGAGCAGGGCUGUAGGAGUAGGACUCGUGUUCAAUCCAUCUGAUGGAUCUUCAGCCUAUGCGCACAGCAAGUUCAUGGUUGUGCAGGCAUCCCCGUCUGAGUUCACCACUGACACUUCAGUCGAGUUCCACUUCGUCAUUUUCUGCUCUGACACCGGUCGGUGGACCAUGCCUGACACUACAGUUACCGCAAACAUUGCACCAAUAUGCAACAAGGUGGUCUAUUCAGGUGGUGUCCUGUAUUGGGACUACCAGCAACAUUUGCUUUGGUUCGAUGUUACUAGGAGUGCAGCUGGAGUCAUUGAGAUGCCCGGGAAGCUACAAGGGUCCACGUUUGAUGAGCGGGACCGCCACAACAUCGAUGCCUCCAACAAUGGCACGCUCAUGUGUACAACCAUUGGCAAGGAUGGCUUGUCCAUGUACCACCUUGUGAAAAGAGGCGAUGAUGCCCACUGCUGGGAGCUAAAGCAUAAGAAAGGAUGGAAGGACAUUGUGGAGAAGAGUGGCGACGCAUUCCAGUUCUGCUGCCACUCGAUGAAGCUACGCAAUGGGUGGCAGUCGAAGUUCUACGAGAGGUGGUUCGUGCGACCACUCGGGGUAGAGAGUGGGCGGUGGGUGUACCUUGGGGUGAGACAGAGGUGGAAGACGUCGGACAGGGUGCUACGCUACGACAUGGACACCGGCAAGGUGGACGAUACCGGAAAGGAAUUGGGCAACGCGUUUGACAUGGGUCCUGUCUUUGGAUACCGCAAUAGCAUGGCUGCUCUUCCACCAAUAUAAUUGCUGCGCCAAUGUUCCAAGGUGGAAUCUGUGGUGGCAAGCCCGGUGGUUGAAUAUGUGCAAUAGAAGGAAGUGAAAAUUGAUCGAUCUCUAGUGUUCGUGUCUUCUCAUUUGGUUUCUAUAAUGAGGAAUGUCAUUUCAGACUUUGGGAGUACGUAGUUCUUUUAGGUGAGAAAAUGUUCGGAUAUGCAAUUUUUUUGUUGGACGUUGCCAUUAUGUGUCGGUAUGAGUUCUGCAGACUAUAAGAACAUGGAUUUGCUACUCUCGAUUGGGAGAUUUGAUGUAACGUUGUUAUAAAUUAUUUGGCAAAACAGUGAAUAUGGUGGUGGUGCA